UAGCAUUACCUUUUGGUAGUGUGUCCUACUGAAUUGUUGGCAUGUACUGUCUGCUAACAUUUGCUCUGCUGAGCAAGGACUGUCACUAUAUGGACGGUGUGCGGGUGAAUGUGUUAAAGGAAAGGACAGAAUCUGAAAAUCCAGCUAGUGUAAAGCUUGCUAUCCUGUUCCCAGACAAGUGUGGAAGGAAGGAAGAUGAAAAUUUUGUGAUGCAGCAGUUGGGAGAGACAAACAGAGCAGUAAAGAAGCCUGAAGGCAUCAGAUUGGUUGACAGCAUUGCAGCAACUUUACCCAGCAGUUCUGAGAGUGCAGACCUGUCGUCCAUUAAGGCCAUGAUGUCUGCUGUGAUGAUGGGGGUGGAGAAGCUAGCUGACAAUGGGAGCAAUUCUCCGAGCAUCAGGACUCCAUCCAAGUCCCCAGGGCCAAAUCGUAUUGGCAGGAGGAACCAGCACAAUUCAGACACUGGAGGAAGUGACCAUUCAUGCAGCAUCUGUGGGAAGUCCUUAAGUUCAGCUAGCUCACUUGAUCGCCAUAUGCUAGUGCAUUCAGGAGAAAGGCCUUACAGGUGCUCAGUCUGUUCGCAGUCCUUCACCACAAAUGGAAAUAUGCACAGGCACAUGAAAAUUCAUGAGAAGGAUCCAAGUAAUAUAGUUAACCCAAAUCCACCAUCUCCUCUAAAACGUAAACGACUACCAUUUAAAAGGAAAUUCAGUCAGGAUGAGGAGCUUGAGAAAGAGGAGCAACCACCCGCCAAAAAGGUAAUGGAAGAAAAGUUUGAAGAAAAUGAGAAGAAUGAGUUGGGUCUUCUGAACUGCCCAAUGUGCUUUGUGUCCUGCGAAUGUAGAUCUAGCUUGGAAGCUCACAUGGAGACUCAUUCCGACAUUGUCCUAAGGUGUGAUGUGUGUUCCAUUACUUUUCGUACUCACCGUGGAUUGCUCUGUCAUAAUUCAAAAGUCCACAGGCUUAUCCCAGUGGAUCCUUUAGGAAGACCUUUCAUUCAGAACAACCCCUCUGUUCCGGCUGGGUUUCAAGAUUUAGCAUUCGCAGACUUCUCAAGCACCAAGUUUUCUCUGACUUGUCAGGUCUGGUGUGAAGUAAACCUAAGACGAUGCACAAGUGAAGUUUAUCGGUUUAUCUGUGACACGUGCAAUAAGGCAUUUCCAAUGUUUUCUGCCCUGGAGCUUCAUCUGAAAACACACAAUGCAGUCCAGAAAGAUGAAGCUGUUAAGCCAUUUGAUGAAGAUGGGGACCAGAAGGCUUACAUGCAGUCCUUGGGCCUUUGUCACACCAAAGAGAUCAGUACUGUUAACAAACAGGAGCCCCUGUCAGACAUUGAAAUUCUAACAAAGUGGGUAGAAACACCCAAGAGUAAUCUACCUCAGGAGUCAAGCUCCACUACUCUCCUAAAUCUGUCUCCGUUGAAAGCUGCUUCUGCAGGAAGUUUGUUUCCAUUGUUUUCUCCUAAACAGGACAAUAGGAAGCUUGUACCACUGCAACCUUUCCAGAAAGGAUUUAUAAUACAGCCUGAGCAUAUCGUGGUUAAACCAGUCUCCAGCGAGUCUCACAUUGAAUUUGCAGACAUUCAGCAAAUCUUGAAAAUGGCUUCCUCAGUUCCUCCUCAAAUUAGUCUUCCACUAUUGUCAAAAGCUCCUUCAACACACACCCAGUCUUCUUGUAAGCAGAUGCCUCAACUGAAGCCAAAACCUUUGGUAGAACAUCAACCAGUUGUGGCAGUAUCAGCUCCACCUCCAGCAACUAAUAUACAGCAAGCUUCACCUGGUUGUAUUAGCCCAAAUCUUCCCAAUGCUCCAGCAAAUCAGAUGGACAGGCCAGAGUCUGCAUGUGACUCACGGAACAUUAAGCCUAAAUCAGGGGUUCGACCUAAUCGUACACCUCAGGUCUUUCAACACAAGAUAAAGAGCCAGCUGGUGCAUAACAGUAUUACAAAAGUCCUCUUGCCAUUAGGAAUGGAAGCGAAGAUCAAACAAGAAGCUGAAGGGGAUCAUAAAGGUAUGAUGACUGUAACUUCUAACAAAAAGAGUCUAGCCAUGAGGAAGGUCUUGUAUCCUUGUCGUUUUUGCAGUCAGGUUUUUGCCUUUUCUGGAGUUCUAAGAGCUCAUAUCCGAUCACAUCUGGGUAUCUCUCCAUAUCAGUGCAAUAUUUGUGAUUACAUUGCAGCAGACAAAGCAGCUCUGAUCCGACAUUUGAGGACACACAGUGGAGAGAGGCCUUAUAUCUGCAAAAUAUGUCACUACCCUUUUACAGUCAAAGCUAACUGUGAACGACAUUUGCGCAAGAAACACCUCAAGUUAACCCGAAAAGAAAUUGAAAAAAACAUUGAGUAUGUGACCAGCAAUACCCCUGAAAUGGUUGAUGCUUUCUGUUCUCCAGACACUGUGUGCAGACACUGUGGGGAGGACUUGAAACACUACAGAGCACUUCAGGCCCACAUGAAAAACCAUAUGUCCUGUCAGAAGACACAGCCAUUUGAAUGCAAAGAAUGUAAUGCCACCUUUUCAGCAAAAAGAAUCUGUAUGCAUCACAUUUUAAAACAACAUUCACAUGUUCAUGAAAAAGCAGUAGAGAACCACAUUUCAGCAGUGGACUGCAGAGCUGAGGAAAAUGGGUCUGAGUCUCCUCAUUCAGAUGACAGUGCCUUCACUGAUUCCCAGCCCCACAGUGACUUUUUGCAGGGAGCACGAGUCAUGACUUCAGUCAAGAAUGACUUCACUAUGGAUGAACCACUGGAUUUUUCACAGAAGAGCGUCACCACAAAUUCAGUUCACAUGAGGCAAGACCAUCACUCCAGUUCUCCUCACCUUUCUCAGUUUGACUUUUCAAUGGAGCCUCUAGAUCUGUCAGUUCCCAAAAUUCCCAGAAGAGAUAAGUGCAUUGAAGCAGUUGAAGUUAAAAAGGAGCAGCAGUUGAAUGACAGUGAGACACACUCUUGUGAUCAGCUGUGUUCUUCGGCUUUCACAGCCAAAGGAAUUAAUGAUAAGCAUUUGACUGUCAGACAGCACCAACCAGUAAAUGCACAGUUUCAGCUAACUGUGCCCAUUAUUCCUCAUUCUUUGAUUAGUGGUUCAAACCUUUUACGACCACUGAAGCCCAAACCACCUCCCCUUCUGCCAAAACCAGUAGCAACUAAAGAACUGCCACCACUGGCUUCUAUAGCUCAGAUAAUCUCUUCAGUAUCCUCUGCAUCUUCAUUGUUGAAGUCAGAGUCCUCUAAUCAAAAUAUACCACCAGCACUUAGUCCUGCUGGAUCAGAGAAGUCAGAAAAGUCAGAAAACCUGAACUGUAAACCAUCUUUCAUGGCAGUCACAGAGAAAAAUACCAGUAUUAAUUCUGCAUCCAAGCUGGUGCCAGAUAGUUUAUUAUCCUCAGAGUUGUUUUCCUUGGAUGCACCCCAUUUAGCCAAGAAACAAAAGAAGGUAAAAACAAAAACCAAGACUAAGGCAGGUGGAGGAACUGAUCUGGAGUCUAGUGGGGAGUUCGCUAGUAUUGAGAAAAUGCUGGCCACUACAGACACUAAUAAGUUCAGCCCGUAUUUGCAGUCCUCAGAAGAUAACACAGAAGAGCCAGAUAAAAACUCAACAAGUGAAGAUGAGAAAGAGACGACAGAUAAGGUGCUGCGAGGAAGAAAAAAUGCUUACUCUGGUUCCAUGCAGAAGAUCACCUGCCCGUACUGCCCCCGUGUCUUUCCAUGGGCUAGUUCUCUACAGCGUCACAUGUUAACUCACACAGGUCAGAAACCCUAUCCAUGUCAAAAAUGUGAUGCCUUUUUUUCAACCAAAUCUAACUGUGAACGCCACCUCUUACGUAAACAUGGUGUUGCCAGCCGUAUGCUGCGGAGAAAUGGCGUAUUGUCCAGCUGCAAAGAGGGUGAUUCUGGAUCACAUGAUAGUGCAGAUAGCCAUUCAGAUCCAGAGGCUAUGCCGCCAACUUCAGCAACUACAGUACUGGAUCUCACCCUCCAAGAGAAUAGUAAAGUUAAAGAGAUUCAGCAGUCUGAUCAGCAGCAACAGUUUAAAGAGCAAAAACACUACUCCAGCAAGGAAGAAGUGGAAGGAAUAGAGGAAAAGUCUGCGGAGUCCGAGGAGGGAGAACUUGAUGAAGAUGCUGAAAGCAACAAAAGCCUAGACCUCAACUUUGCAAGCAAAUUAAUGGAUUUUAAAUUAGCAGAGGGCAGUCAUGGUAGAGGAGAAACACCAGAGAAGAAGACAAAGAACACUUGCUCUGUUUGCGGGAAAUGUUUCAAGUUCGCUGCAACUCUAAGCCGUCAUAAAAAAGUUCAUGUUGCUGAAAAUGAGGAGGACAGAAGCAAUAAAACUGUUAAUGGGCUUGUUCAUGAGACAUCAGACAUGCUACAAGACUUGCCUGUCUCCUCUGUGGGUAGUGAUGCAGCUUUAGGCCUGAAGGAACAGAUACCUCGGUCUAAUUCUGUAGAUUCUCAUGAAGAAAAGCUUGAAAAUGAACAAAUCGAGAGCAAUUCAGAAGGUGAGACACUGGACAGAGCUAAUUCUGAACGAAGUGAUGAUGAUAAAGAGCCAAAGACAAACCCGUCUGCUAAUACUAGCAAGGCAGACAAGAGAAAAAAACUGUGUGUGGUGUGCAAUAAACGCUUCUGGUCACUACAGGAUCUAACUCGACACAUGCGGUCUCACACAGGAGAAAGGCCAUAUAAGUGCCAGACCUGUGAACGGACAUUUACUCUGAAACAUAGUUUGGUCCGGCAUCAGCGUAUACACCAGAAGGGCAAAGAUGCCAAGAAUCACAAGAAAGUAAAUGACACAGAUGGAGCACAGAGCAGGUGUGAGGACAGUGAAAAUGAGUCUGUUCACAGCAACACAAACCCUGUUUCAGAAAGCGAGGGUGAAACAGGUUCCAUGUUUGGCCUUGUUGAAAAAAGUCCAUUACCUGAAAGCCAGAAAGUACACUCUGUUACUAGACCGAAGUGUUUUAAUGACAAAAGUCCAGCUCAGCUGGCAAGUAGUAACCCAUUCACAGAAGCCAACAAAGGGACAGUGAAGGGAGCUCAGAUUAAAAAGAGUAAUGUUCUGAAAUCUCUUGGUGGUUCUGAUGGAGAAGUUCCUUCAACUUUCAUUCAGGGCCUGUUGAAGAGUCAUGAAAAAACUCCCAGGAAUCACCACCUUUCAUCUACAGAGUCUGCCCCACAACUGUUAGGAGUAGAAUGAACUUGGGGAAAAAGAUCAAAAACAUGGCAGUACAGCUUGAAUAAGUGCCCAUUUUGAGACUGCCAUCACAGUAUUUAACUGUGAGACCAUGGUAAAACUAUAUUUACUUCCAAGCUAAUGCAAUAUAUUGAUUUGAGUGCCUUACUACUUACUAGAUAUUGUUUCAUAUUCUGGAUUUUUUCAGAAAUGAUUUUUAUAACCAUUUUAAUCAGACUAGGUGAUAAAUCAUACAUCAAAGCAUUAAAACAAUUUGUUUUUGUAUUCAUCAGUGUUUGUGUGUGUGUGUGAAAAUCUUGUGUGUACAGUUCUAAGUCAAUGCUUAUUUCUAUGUUGGAGAAAAAUGCUUGAAUGCAAGAGGUGAUAACUGGAAUAAAUUAAUAGUCUCUGGAAUCCCAGCAGCAUUCAGGAAGUGAUUUCCCCUUUUUCUGUUUUCAGUUCCUGCAGAUGCAAAUAAUUCUUGCAGUAUACCAGUGCAGCAGUGUGCAAUUUGUAACAAAAUGCUUGCUGACUAUGCCAGUGUUGCAUGCUGUGUUUGAAACACUUUCUUGUUUUUGUUUUCUAGAUCAUUGUUCAAAUGUUAGCAUUUAAAAUACACAGUUUGGCUGGGAAAAUGUUGACCAUUAUGAAGUAUAUUUGUUUUCAUUUAUCAUUGUCAUGUUUACAGUUCAGCAUUUAACUGCUGGUACAAAUUAGAUAGUUUCAGUGUUCCAGUUUAUUAAACUGUGAACAGCAAGCACAGUUAAAUUCUCAUGUCCACCAUACCCUGAGAAAUUCUUCUUGCCAGUUUUAAAUUCAACUGAAGGGUUCCAAAGUAACCCUGGCUUUAUUAAACUUAUGGCUGAGGUGCCAUUUUGUUUGUUUCUGGUGUUGCAUUUCUGUUUAAAUUUUUUUUGAAUGGAAUUAUUGGGUGUUCUCUGCAAUUUGCAGAAGUAUGUGGGCAAUAUUUGCCUGGCCAGAAUUAUAGUAAGUGUUGACAUUUUUUUUUAACUUCCUCUUGUUAUACUGAUUACUUGCCCAGAUUUGCUAAGAAUUGAGGAACAACUUGUUGAUGUUCUUCUAAGACAGUGUAUGCUUAAUUUUACACAGCAGUGAGCCUUUAAGUAUUUUCAUUAUAAAAUAACACAAAAUCAUUUUGCAAAGCAUUUUUGAAAAGUUGUAUUACUGGAAGUUAUUGCAGAAGAGUUUUGUUGUGAAUGGUGUUGAAUCUUUACAUUCAUUACGUGAUUCAGUCUUCCAAAAGCCUUACUGUAAUUCCACAUAUUUGAACUUAAAGUAAGAUGUUAUAUGUAUUAAAAUUAAGAAAACUCAGAGAAUGUUUAAUAAUGUAUUUUCCUAAGGUAUAUGGGGUUGGUGCUUAAACAUGCAAAAUGUAUUUUCAUAUAUAUUCUUUUAAGUGAACUGUAUCCUACUGUAUCUGUGCAUAUGUUCAAAGCUUAUUGGUGUCAUCGGUUUUGUUUGUUCUUUUGCUUGUUCUCCAGGAUGUACAGGAACUCAUGUGGCUAUAGCAGUGUUACGUCUAGAUGCUGUUUGUUUAUGCCUGGCUUAGGGACCCAUAAUUUCUAAACCAACAGUGAUUGAAGAGAGGUAGAAGUGGUAAAGUAGUCCAAGGUGGAAUAUUUGGCAUAAACCUUACCCUCUACUUGUCUUGUUCUCAUCUUUGCAUUCGAAUUACAGUAGCCCUCAUGGAUCUAGAUUUAAAUGAAACGCCUCUUAGGUAUGCCCUUUGGACUAAUUUGCAUAAAGAGAAUAUAUUAAAGGAAAAGUGAGUGAAUAGUGGUUCAGGUAUAUGUUAAUACUUUUAUAUCUCCCACCAGGAAAAUACUGCACAGUAAUGAUGAAAAGCCAUGUAACUGUACAUUACAAAACUGAUUGUGCAGAUUAACUCCCAACACUUGGCUGGGACAUUUAUUAGCAAUAAUCAUUAUUGAUCAGAAGCUUUAUUAAAACGUUAUCUAGCUUAGUAAAUGGUUUUGCCACAUUUUAACUGAGAUUUAUUUUAGUGAAGUUUGUCUGAUAAUUUUAUUUUUUUUUCAGAUAUUAAGCUGUGAAAUUUAUUAUGUGUUAAAACUAUGGGUGAUUGUUAGAUUAGCCUGCAUGCUGUAUUAAUGGGUUUCCAUACAUUGUGUGUUGCAAUCCUUUUUCCUCUCUCAGGGCUUUUAUAAAUUGAGUCAUCUGAACUUCAAUUAAGCAUGGACUUUUUCAGUUUAUGGACUUAAAACUGAGAUAAACCCAAUCACUACAUUAAGCACUUGACUGUGAAAAAGAAAAACUUAGGGUGUUUUUAGCAAUUUUAUAUAGCUGUUACGUUUGACUAUGUUUGUUUAUAUUCCAUUUUCUCUGAAAAUCCAAUCUUUGCUUAAAAAGGAAAAAUCAACUACUUCAGUCUGCAUAUCUUAACAGACUGCAAAAGAAAAUGCAGAAUCCAUGUAAUCCUAAAAGGGAAACUUGAACUGCUGCUACGUGUUGUGUACAAGACUGGUUAUGCCACACGAACAGAGAAUCACGUUUGUUUUGGUACUUUUGCUUCUGUUUCUCUUUCUUUCUCUCACUGUCGCUCUAUCACUCUCAUUCUGUCAUUUUUUUUAGUUGUAUAAUACUUCCAUUGCAAAGAAGAGAGUUGUUCUGUAUCAAAACAUCUAAGCAAUAAAAUUUCAAUAUUUGAUUUUU